AUGUUUAGGUCAGACGCGCGCACUCUAAUAAUUAUUAUCUCAAAAAACAUAACGUCCAUUUCUUCUACUCAAGUACGCCGCUUUGUUCAGUCGCCGCCAAACCUCCCUCCCUCCUCUCCCACACACGCCACUCCGCUGAGGUACAAAGGGCUCUGUCUCCAUGAGUCCAACUAUCAAAUGGGAAAUAUAUCUAAGGAAAAGAGUGAAGAUCCAAAGGGUAUGGAAAAUGUCUCUGUUGAUGUAAUUGAAUAUGUACGUGGCAAUGACAAAGGAGUUGUUGCGAAAGAGGAUCCAGAUGCAACUGAAUAUUCAAGCUCAUUCACCAACACAACUUCUGGAAAUGGGAAUAGUUCUGAAUUGAGUGAUGCCGAAGUUGAAUCGCAGUUUUUUGACGACAAUGAUGUGAUGCCUCCAUUUGGAUUUAAUAGUAUAUUUCCCAUGAGGAAGAAAAAAUUGACUACUCACUGGAGAAACUUUAUACAUCCUCUGAUGUGGAGGUGCAAAUGGACAGAAUUAAGAAUAAAGGAAUUAGAAUCACGAGCAUCAAAGUAUGACAGGUAUAUCGCAGCACAAGAUCGAAAAAAGCAUAUGUCAAUAGAUCAUGGAACAGUUGAAAAAUCUGGCUCAAGGUCGUUACCAUUUAAAUCCCAAGAUCAUAGAAAAAGGCCUAUGAAGAGAAGAAAACGGAAGAGAGUGGAAGAUACAACUGAUAUUGCAUCAUAUAUGUCAAAUCAUAUUCUUUUUUCUGGUCAUGAAAAUAAGUGGCCUGAUGUGGAUGGAACUCCUAUACGGGAUGACUUUGGUAUCCCAGAUCAGAAUAAUAGUGGCUAUGAUGAAUCUGAAGUUCAUGAUGAUUACUCGUUUCUUGAAGACAAGGACAAUGACCUCGAGCAUAUCCUUCGCAAGAUUGAUUUAGUGCAGACUCGGGUUCAUAAAAUGAAGGUCCGACUUGAUUCUACCAUGGUAAAAAGUGCAGCAAAAUUUUCUUCAUCUGAAAACUUGAGCCAGCUUGUGGCAUAUGAUGCUCAGACGAGCUUUGUCCAUAGCUCUACAUUCUCUGCUUGUAAUGGAGAGACAUUUUCAGUUGGAGGUCUAUAUGUGCCAACUCAGCACUUGUCAUGCUAUGAUCUAGGAGAUUUCAUUAUGCCUGAAACUGCAGCAUCGAGCUACAGAGAGGCCAUUCCUGUUCCUGAUAUAAUUGAAAGUACAGUUGGCUUGUUAUCAUCUGUUGAUGUCACCCCGCAUCAGGCAGAAGUUGGCGAUUCGUCUGAAAGAAUUGUUGAUAACAUACUACAUAACGAGGGGGUCGACGUGGAGGGGCUACCUACCGAAAACAAUCAUGGUGAAUCUGCCGAGAAGCCUCAAGACGGUGAAAAUAGUGAGAAAGAAGACAGCAAUAUCGCAUCCCUUCCAGAAUUAGAUACUGAUGCAGGAGGAAUUACUGCCGUAUCCCAAGAACAAUCAAUUCUGGAAUCAUGCUUAGCUUCAGAGAUACAUUUUCCGAUUAAUAAAAGAAAGCGAGGAGAGCGUAAAGCUGGUAAUUGGAGUCGACAGCAGACUGAUGAACCUGGCAGCCAAUGA